GGAAAAUUCUAGUUUGAAAAGGCGGCCGCCUCUGUGAUAUCAUGGAACGAUAGGCGGAGUCUCCCUUUAUUGCGGUCCUCUCAGACUCAGCGUUGGGCUUGUGGGCGGGGCCGAGAAAACUCCCUAGGAGUAUCUUUUGGGGAGUUGGGGCCCCAUGUGGGAAGCUAGAAAGGGGAAGCUGUGGAAAUUCCUCGUAGACCGGGGCGAACCGUGACCGUGACUCCUGUCAAAAAGCUCUCCAAAUCACGGGACCGACCUCACCCUCGCUCCCAAACAAAAUCCUUAAUUUUAGGGGUGGGAAAAUAGCAGAGUGGAAGGACGUGGCCUGCUCAUCCUGCCUAAAAGCCCUCAGCCUGGAUUCGGCUCUUCAGCGGAUCCUUGUAUUUGAGGACACAGCAUUCAAGGUCAAGGUCGGGCAGCGGCUGUUUAGGGCUCAUCGGGUCUCCGGACUCCUCGGUUUCCUAACCAAGAAGUGUGCGCCCUGCAAAUUAAGGGUCUUAGUCUCGGGGAAGGGUAUCUUCCCUCUUAGCGUGAAAGUGUGGGGUAAAAAGACCCUCCCCGGGGUUCGGCGCGGCCGGAGCGCUCCGGUCGCAAUGGGUCCGCGACUUCCCUUCCUGGUGGCGGCGCUGGCCGGCUGCCUGCUUCCUGCCCGGGCCUGUCUCAUGUGUGCUACAAAGGUCGUGGAGGCGCUAGACUCCUUGGAGAAGACCUACCUGCCUGACCACCUGCCGGCCGAGCGCCACGGAGACUUUAUGAAAAGGGUGAAAGAAGCCGUGCUGGAUUUCAAGAACCUGCCAAUUCAGGAGGAUUCCUAUAUGGGGGUUGUCGAUGAGCCCACACUGGAAAACGCAUCAUGGAGUUUUCUGAAGGAUUUGAAACGUAUCACAGACAGUAACGUAGAAGGUGAGCUUUUCGUGAAGGAGAUGUUUUGGAUGUUACGCCUGCAGAAAGAUAUCUUUGCCCGCUUUGCAGCUCAGUUCCAAAAAGAGGUUUUUUGUCCCAACCAAUGCGGUGAGUCCGAAUUUGGGAGCUGGUCCUUAUCCCUCAUGGUCGCUCCGGUAAUACCCAGCCGUUCUCCUCCCUCUUUGGGUCUCGAUGUUUCUCCCUUCUCCACGUCUGAGAGGUUCCACAGUCCUUUCGCACUGCGGGCUUACUGGAGAGCCCGUCAUAUUGUAUUUGCACUCUUUACCGAGCCUGGUCCCAUCCCUCUUCCAGCGGGGCUGCCUUCUACCCCCUCCCCUUGGGCCGACCUCCCCUGGAUUGGGCACCUGACCCCGCCCCAGCCCUUGGCCCUGCCCUCUCCUUUUAGCCUCGUCCCUCAGGGCGAAUACAGCGUUGAUCCCGCCCCUGCAGGUGUGAUGUUGCAGAGUCUGAUCUGGUGCAAUUCCUGCGAGAGGCAGGUUCACGCCUGUCGAAAGAGCUCUAAUUGCGGGGAGCGCGUAGUCCUCGUCCACGAAAAGGAAGAUAUGAUCCUGAACUGUGAGCUCAACUGGCAUCGACUCUCUCAAGGCCUGACCAAUUACAGCUUUUUCAGGGUUUGGGGGCAAAAUUCUGAGACCUUGCUGUCCGAGGGGAAAGAUCCCAUCCUGACCAAGACCGCGGUGACCGCAGAGGACGCAGGCGUCUACCGCUGCCGUUUGGGCACCGUCCGGUCCAUCCCAGCCACGGUCCUCUUCUUUCGAGUCACAGUGUUGCCCGAAAGGAUCAGUGAAGAGCUACCGUCAAGCCAGGCUGGGGAGGCCGCAGGUCCGGGGGAUUCGGGUAGCCUCCAGAGGCCCCCAGCCGGCCAGCCUACAUCGACACAGUGUCCGAAGUCCGAGAACAUGCUGAGAGGCCGUCUGAUCGGACUGCUGAUCUGGGGCUUUGUGGUGCUGAUAAUCGGCUUUGCGACCGCGUGAGCCGCCCACUGAAGAAGGAUACUUUGCUUUCGGCCUGAGAGGGUGAUCAAUUGCAUCAAGGACUGUUUGAGCACCAUGAAGGAGUCUGCCACGCCACCACAGAUUUCAAAGGAAAAAGCCACAUCAUCAAGUCACAAAUAAAGAUUUGUCUGAUUGUCUCAA